AUGGAAGACGGCGCGUCUACCCGCCCAGCCGACACCCCUGAGGACUCUGGCCCCGGCGAAGAAAACCAGCCCCAGUCCGGGGCCGCGAAAAAUUCCUCCCAGAAGGACCGAAAAUGCCAAUACUGCAACCAAGCUUUCACCUCCUCCUCCCUCGGCCGACACCUCGACCAGUUCCUCUUCAAGAAGAAGCCCGACGGUAUUCACGAUGUCGAAGAGAUCCGGCGCAUACGUAGUGGCAUCACGCGGCGGCAGGCCCGGACGUCGACAGGCAGACGAGAUACUCCUGAGCGUGGGGCCUCGAAAGAUGCGCUGGGCGUGCCUCAGCCGGGCGAGAACGGGCCCAAGGGGCCUAUUCGGAUGAUGUUCAACACUCCUACGUGGCAUGCGACCGGCGUGAUCAACGACAUUCCGAACCCGAGUCAUUCGCAGGACACUCCCACCUCGCGGUUUGCGGCGUCUCAGUCUCGGAUGGGAUCUCUCGCGAUACCAGACUACGGCGGUCGAUCUCCUAGUUCCAAUAACCCGGAUACGGUCAGAGCGCUCGAAUUGGCUCUCCGCGAGGUUCUGGAUAACAUCAAGGCUGCGACGUCGCGAACUCGACCACGGCUGUCUCCGUUCGAAUUCGACAUACAAGUCCAGACAUUCCCCUCACUCUGCCUCCAGCUUCUCCCUCCGCCCGCUACACUCUUCGCAACGAACCCGUUUCCCUCCCCCACCUCAUUCCCACUCGACCCUCCAGGGCCCGAUCACCACUCCAUGGUCCGCCAGGCGAUCCGCGCCAAGAUUGAACAAUGGCAGACUGACCAGCUCUCCGCCGAGUCCAACGCCCAGCAACCUGGAAAACUCUCAACCUUGACCCUCGACACCGGCAUGAUCCACCGCAGCGCGCAACAACACGAAGAAAUGUCCCUCCGCCAUCUCGAACUCGCCUUCAAACACUGGGUCUCGCUGCCCUCGGACGCGCGCAGGGAAGCUUGGCAACUGGAAAUCAUGCGUGCGUUUGCGCGUGAGGCCGAGAAGCGCAAGUCGCUCGACGACCAGCUCGCCCGCGUUCAGCAAGAGGCCAAUCAGCUCCGCGCGCAGGUUGAGAAACUGGGUUCCUGCCAGUGGCCUCGCGAAUUUGCGCUCUUUCCGCCGGAUACACUUCCCCUUCCACGGGAUGUCGCGCGUGAGCUCGACGCCAAGGAAUCGCAUAUCAGCCCGAGCUCGUCGCGCUGGGACUACGACUCUGUCGUGUCGAAAUGGAAACGCGUCGUGAUGCACGAUCGCGGGAUGGGCCGGAUCGGUGUCGGUGGCGGCGGUGCAAGCGCGACGAGUCCGCUCCCUGAAGACCCGAGCCCAAUGCCCGCCAGCAGCAACAUCACGAAUAGCAUAGAAGCCAAAACGAGGGCGAUGCAGCCGCCCGUGCAGGCCGGGCUAAGCCCCGGCGGACCGUCGCCUAGCCAGCCGAACCCCUCAUCCCCGUACAUGUCGCAGGAUAGUCCGAAUUCGGCGCCACAAGCGAAACGUCAGCGAUUGAUGAACGGGCGCCAUCACGCAGAACCAUCAAUCUCGACAUCUACAUCUUCAGUAACCCAGCCCGGGCCACUUCCGUCCUCUGCGACAUCGUGGAACCCGAACCCGCAGCAUCCGCAUUCGCAUCAACAUCAACAUCAACAUCAGCAGCCGCAUCUUUUGGGUUCCCCGCCAUCGUCGACUACUUGA